UCCGGUGGUUGGUUAGCUUGACGUCAGAGUGCAGGCAGUUGGCUGCUGCUGCUGGAUUUAGGAGACAAAAAAAUGGACAGUCAAGGAAGAAAAGUCGUGGUUUGUGACAAUGGAACCGGGUUUGUCAAGUGCGGCUAUGCAGGCUCCAACUUCCCUGAACACAUUUUCCCAGCGCUGGUUGGCCGGCCAAUCAUCCGCUCCACAGCUAAAGUUGGCAACAUUGAAAUCAAGGACCUGAUGGUGGGGGAUGAGGCCAGCGAGCUGCGCUCCAUGUUGGAGGUGAACUACCCCAUGGAGAACGGCAUCGUCAGGAACUGGGACGACAUGAAGCACCUGUGGGACUACACCUUCGGCCCAGAGAAACUCAACAUCGACUCGAGCGACUGCAAGAUCCUACUGACCGAGCCGCCUAUGAACCCCACCAAGAACAGAGAAAAGAUUAUAGAGGUGAUGUUUGAAACGUACCAGUUCAGAGGAGUUUAUAUCGCUAUCCAGGCCGUCCUCACUCUCUACGCUCAAGGACUGCUGACUGGAGUUGUGGUCGACUCUGGUGACGGCGUCACUCACAUCUGUCCGGUGUACGAAGGCUUCUCGCUGCCUCACCUGACCCGACGUCUUGACAUCGCAGGGAGGGACAUAACACGCUACCUCAUCAAGCUGCUACUGCUGCGAGGUUACGCCUUCAACCAUUCGGCGGACUUUGAGACGGUGAGGAUGAUGAAGGAGAAGCUGUGCUACGUCGGUUAUAACAUCGAGCAGGAACAGAAGCUGGCGCUGGAGACAACGGUGCUGGUCGAGUCGUACACGCUCCCGGACGGCAGGUUGAUCAAGGUGGGAGGUGAGAGGUUCGAAGCCCCCGAGGCUCUGUUUCAACCUCACCUCAUCAACGUGGAGGGGGUGGGUGUGGCCGAGCUGCUCUUCAACACCAUCCAUGCCGCAGAUAUCGAUACCAGGUCUGAGUUCUACAAACACAUCGUCCUGUCUGGAGGCUCCACCAUGUAUCCCGGCCUGCCGUCCCGCCUGGAGCGCGAACUUAAGCAGCUGUACCUGGAGCGAGUGCUGAAGGGAGACGUAGACAAGCUAUCGAAAUUCAAGAUCCGGAUAGAGGACCCCCCUCGGCGUAAACACAUGGUGUUCCUGGGCGGCGCCGUGCUGGCCGACAUCAUGAAGGACAAGGACAACUUCUGGAUGACGCGUGAGGAGUACCAGGAGAAAGGGACGCGAGUGCUGGAGAAGCUCGGAGUCACCGUCAGAUAAAACACAAACAAACAAACAAACAAACAAAAACACUUCCCACUCCCCCCCACCCCAACGUCCCUCCAUCUACCCCCCUCAGCUGAUAAACAUGCAACGCUUACCUUGAUGUGUCUGGAUGGUCACACUGUGUCAUCGAUUCACGCUCAUUUUGAAAAGCAAAGAGGGAAGGAUGGAAGGACAGAGGAAGGGAAAGAGGGAUGAAGGAUUUGGGGUAAGAAGUUUCAUGGCGAGGGCAGGGAGUUACCAGAGUUCUUGAAUAUUUACCCACGACAGAGUUAUGUUUUGAGAUGCACGAGGUAGUGCCAUUAAGAACUCCAUUAAAUGACUAGUACAACAUUUUAGGAAAUAUUUGCUUUCUUGGCGAGAGUUAGAUGACAAGAAUGAUCCUACUCUCAUAUCUGUCUGUUUAAUAAGAAGCUGUUUAGCUUAGCAUGAAGACUGGAAGAAGGGGGAAACAGCUAGCUACUGACCGUUUAUUCACUGGUAGCAGUGACUUACAGUGUUGUCUUCGCUACAUACAGGCUGCCCUACCGUACUGGUGGAGGCCAUAUGCGGACUGAAAGGAAGACCUACGGACACUAUGCAGGGCUUCACCUUCUGUGUGUUUCUAGGGUAAAUAAUUUAAUCUGUCAAGGAAACUAGAUUUCAGUCGGAGGUGCAUUAACAAUAUCUUGUUUGUUUAAUUGUUGAUAUAACAUGCUUUUAAUCAGUGAGCUUUAGAGGUGCUGGUUGGUGGAUUUUGUUCCCUUCAGACCGAGCCAGGCUAGCUGUUUCCCUCCGUUUCCAGUCUUUAUGCUAAGCUAACUGGCUGCUAACUGUAGCUAUAUAUUUGCUGUACAGAAAUGAGAGUGGUCAUCUUAACGCUUACAAAGAAAACAAAUGAUGUAUUUUCCAAAAUGUGAAACUAUUCCUUUAAAGAUGAAAUCAAUAUCCAUGGCAAUAAGAAUAGAGGCUGUUCAAUGUCAAACUGUCCUGUUUACUUUGAUAAAGUGCAGAUAUUCUAAUUUUUUUUUUUUUUUUUUUAUAGAGCAGCUCAUCUGAGUAUUUUGGGUUGUGUGUCUUUCACACAAGGCCAGAAUGAGCUCCUGGCUGUUUUCAAGUUGAAGACGAUGACGCUAAUAAUAAUAAUAAUUAUUAUUAUUAUUAGUGAUGCGUUUGAGUUCCUUUCCAAAACGAGACCCCUGCCAUGCAAAAAAUGUGCCACCUAAUCUGUCAAAACAGAUGCCGGCAUUAAAAAUAAUGCUCACAGUGUGGAGCAUUACAGAGAUUAGAUAUCAGAACAAACAGAUCAUCACAUACUGUUUCUUUUAACAUACUGAUCAUGAAAUACCCCCCCGCCCCUCCCUCACAUUUCCUGUUUAAUGUUUGGGAUGAGUCACUGUACUGAAGGUGCAGGAGGGCAGGCAGACGUUUUUAACUAAGCACCUCGUUUGUUGCUUGUCAUUUGCUUGCUUCAUGAGCGUGGAGGUUCAUAUCUUCCACAAGAUUUCAUUAUGAAGAUGUGAGAUGAAUACGUGGGAAUCAUCUUAAGGAAACUUGAAGUUCCUCAGUUUUUUAGUUUUCCCGCCUUCUUCCCGAAUCAGUGUUGGAAGGUUUGCUUUGUGCUGGUGAGCACAGUUUUGGGUUUGGAAAAAGGCCGAUUGAAGCUUUUAAUGGGUUUGAUUUGUCUGUGUAUCCAGUUUACCACCAACAAAUCAACUGUCACAGAUCACAGAGGGUUUAUGAGAGAAUGGUUUCCAUUCCUUAACGUCAUUCCUCAGUGUUGAAGGACCGUCAUACUGCAUAUCAACGUCAUACAUCAACAUUUCAGUCACUGAGCAGCUCCUACAAUUUGUUACAGGAAGUUAAAUUAAAGAGGACCUAUUAUGCCUUCCCUUUCCUUUAGUCUGUUAUAUAGUUUUUUGUGCAUUUAAAAGGUCUGUAAAGUUACAAAGCCCAAAGUCCACGCCAAAAGGAGUUACUCUCUGAGAUCCAUUUUACUAAGACUGCGUUCCAAAAUCGUUUAAGUAAUCAAAACAAACGUCAUAUUUGUGACCCAUGCACGAGCAUGUAAAAGCCCCGCAGGGAGCUGCAAAGGUUAGUUUAUUAAUUGAUUGGCAGAAAUGAAUUGGCAACUAUUUAGAUUAUUGAUAUUUUAAGCAUAAAUGUCUAACACUCCCUUGUACCAGCUUCUCAGUUCUGCCUUUCUUUGUCUUUUGAGGUAGUAAACUGAAUAUCUUUGGGUUUUUGGAAGAAACAUUUGAAGAUGUCGCCUUGUGCUUAAGAAAACUGAAUUUUUCACAAUUUUAUAGACCAAACGAUUAUUUGAUUUAUCGAGAAAAUAACCAGCAACCAAGAUUGAUCGAUAAUAAAAAUUAUUGUCAGUUGCAGCGCAGCAAAUUUAUCUUCAAUUUGCGAGCGGCAAAUGUUUUGUGAACAGAAAUCUUGCAUCUUUAAUUUUACAUGAUCUUUAUCGACUGUAAUGGAAGAGGCCUUUUUUUGUAAUGGAAGAGCCGCUCAGUGGGCGAUACAGGACUGUGAUAUGUUAUAUGACGGUCCUGGAUUAUGGCUAGUCAUUUCUCUUGUGCCAAUAAUGCACCAUGCUUUCAAUUCCACUGAGGCUCCAUUUGCUUCUUCUUUUUUAACGUUUUAUGUUCCUGAUCAUUGAUGUGCUUUUUGUUUCAGAGGAGACCAGGUUUCUCUCUUAUAUGCGUGAUUGUGCAGCUGUUUGUUGACCUGUAUCAUUCACAAUGUUCACUGUGGUCACAGUGAAGCUUUCUGUCCUCAACAGCUGAUCUGGGUUCAGUCAUCACUAUCAUUCUGCAAUGUGUGGUGAACAAAUUGACUGGCUGGUCCUGGGUCAGAUGUUGUGGGCAAAAUGAAACAUAUCCUGUUUUAAGAAGGAAUUGUCCAAUAGGAAACAAAUCCCUGUGUUGGUCUGGAAGGAGGAAACGAGGUGUGGGAAGUCGAGUCAAACUGUGUUAGUGGAUGAUGCAAACAUUUCUGGAACCAUAAACAAUCUCAUUGGUUGAGAGAAAUCUCAGUGGGCGGAGCAAAAUAAAACAAAUGUUUUGCCAAGUAACAGAAACUUGAUAAGAAGAGAUAAGAAAGCUAAUAUUAUGACUGUUAGUAUCCUGCCAUACCAUACCAGCCUGUUGGUAGUUAGUUGCCAUGUUGAGAGCUGUGCGGAGGCAAUAAAGUGCUCCCAAUCUCGCAUUUAGCUUUAAGGCCAAUAUUUAUAUUAUAGAAAAAUGUAGUAUUAGUAUAUUGGCUGAUGGACACACCGCAGAGAGCAGCUCUUCUCCAGUAAACCAUGCUUUAUAGACCAAACAUUUUUGGCUAUUUUGCGUUCACCAGGGCGCUUUUUAUCUUGUAUUGCAAGUACUUCUUUCUCCCCUUCAUCAGCCAACACACAGUAUUUGCAGAAACAAGUAUAAUAAAUAAUAAUAAACUUUAUUUAUACAGGAUUUUACAAAAUAAAGUUUUGUUUUACAUGGUUGGACCGGAAUUAAACCAUUUCAGGAAGCAAUGAGGCAAAUAAAAUCAGAUAAUUAAAAUAAUACAAAAAUUAAAUGGAAUAAAAUACCCAAAAAUAAUAUAAUAAUAUUAGUAUUAAUUAUGAUUUUUACCAACUGUAAAUUCACAUAAAUAAUUUAAUGAGAUUAUAUUACAGCCAUCGGUUAUAAGAUUAAGCCUCGGAAAAAAUCAUCUUUCUAAUGUUGAGUGGCUGUAGAUACUACAGUACCCAUGAGCCUCAGCGUCAGUUGCAGUCAGGACCCAAAUGUGUUAAAUUGAGCCCUGAACACAUGCUCUGUACAACCAAUGAGAUAAUUCUGGGAUGUUUGUACAUCUAAAACACGAAAUCUGCACUCUGGAAGUCUUUUCCAUUUGAAUUUGCAUUCCUCUCAUCCUGAAUCUUACGGUUUUCUUUUUCCUCAUCAUGACCACACCUCCCUCUCCUUCUCGGUCUCGGCUGUACUGAAGAUGAAUUUGUGGGUUUGGGGUUGCAGGAGAAGGUGAUUUUGUGUUGGUUACUGAAAUAUUAUUUGUAAUAUUAAUUAGAAUCUGGUGUCAGGAAGUGGAGACCACGUAAAAGCUGGUAUUUGUGGUUUUCCGUCUCGGCUCUUAUGUGUAUAUUGGAGGCACUUGGCUCACAUAUAUAAAUAUAAAUGUAUAAUUUCCUCUUGACAAACACGGUCAUCAAGUGCCAAGUACAGUUAUUCUUGCUGGAUAUUAUUUUUGGUCGUCCUUUUUAUGUUUUGUUUAUAGCAUAACUGCCAACCGCUGAUUUAAAUAAAGCAAAGUGAUUUAUAGAC